AUGACCGGCUUAAUGCUGCUCAAUCUUUUUGCGCAGCUUGGGUUUGUCGCGGUUGUGCAGAUCGACAUGCUGGAGGAUGUCCUGCAGCCCGAUCAGCUCAAGGAGCUUCUUCUCUUUAGGGCCAAUGUGGCCCAUGAGGCAAAGUACGCAGAUUUAGGUGGAGGGCGCUCCCUGGCGCGUCGCAUUUGUAGCCAAGAUAAUUCUCUCCAUCUGGCAAACUCACAGACCGGCUUGGUCUCUGAUUUGUACAGCUACAGCGCAAUUGGUCCAGUGCUGGCGCUGUUGGCCAUUUUCUGCUGGCUUAGCACCACUCUGAAGGAGGUAUUUAAUGUAGUGACGUUCAUGGACGCAGUCCGAUCAUGUCCCGUGGGUGACAUCACCUUGGUAACGGCAGAAGCGGGUGAGGAAGCAGAAGAGAGUGCAAUUGCCAUGUCGCAGAUGUCGCUCUGGCGGAAGUACAUGCUUUAUGGGCUUGUCUCCAUGCCGCGUAUGGUGGUGGCCUGCAUGCUUCUGGUAACGGGCACGCAGUAUCUCGCAAACACCUUGAAUCUGUCCGAUCUCAUUUUGAAUGCCGUUGCCCUGGCCUUCAUUUUGGACCUGGACGAGCUAAUAGCGUCCGCUUUCAUGCCGCGCAGACCACGCUUCUUGUUGGAGAGGCUGGGCACACUGCGGGUUACGCAGUCUCCUGUCCCGGGCCUGGAGCAGUUCAAGGUGGGCCUCCAGGAGCGUAUCUGGGACGUCUUGAAGAUCACAUUCCUCAUCAUCGGCCUUGUCAUUUCCUGGCUUUACCUGCUGCAGCCUUUGCACCAGAGGUCGCAUUUGGCGCUCAACAUCCUUUGCAGCGGCGAGCAAGACUUCAUCUAUGCGGUAAAUUCAGCAACCGGAAUCAUCGAAGCUGCGCCAACUUUUCAUAGGGAGGGUCCACUGACGCUCAGCUGGCAGCAAGAGGGCGUGCUCAGGCAUGCAAACAUUACUCUGUCCCUGGCGCGACCUUUGGAAGGCCUGGAUAUGGAUUUUGUGAGCCUUCAGCAGGGUGACCCGGCAUUUCUUGGGGAGGAUGCAGAUGACACGCCCACAAUGCAGAAACUUGCCGGUGGAGCAAUGUUGCUGCAGCGGCAAGUGAACUACCAUGCACGGACAACGCCUUUCCUGAAGACCUUGUCGAAAUCAAGAGACCACUUCUGCGCCGUGUACAAUCUUAGCAGCGUGCGGGCACUCUGUCCUCAGACCUGUGGCUGCGACGAUCCAUUAGAGUCUGCUGCGGCGGCAUUCGCCACGGUCCCUUUCGGAUGUCCCAAGAUGUGUACGCCUCUCCGCGAUGAAUCGCCGGCACUUCUGCAUGCCCCAUGCCAGGAUUUCAGCAAGCAGAAGCUCAUUGCCAGCGAGUACAUCAAGCGAUACCUGACGGGCGCAUUCACAAUCAGUCUGUUAACCCCUGAGACACGACGGGCCGCCGUGCUCAUGUACAAAGAGACAGUCAAGCGAAAGUACAGCAGUUCUCUAUCCGGCCGCAACAAGACGGCGGCCUUGCAACAAGUUGUUGACUAUUAUGCAUCUGGCAAUUGGCAUCGUGACGUGGUGAAGGGAAAGUACGAGCUUGGCCUUGGCAUCCCACACCCUCGGGGCUUGGAAGGCUGCGCAUUUCUGGCCUCGGAAGAAGUCGUGGAGUUGGCCGGCGGAAGCAUCUGCACCCCACGCGCUGAACUGGAUAUCUUU